AAGUAAUGCACUCACUCUGAUAUCGAUACCACCUAAAGUACAGAGUACAGCAAGGUCGGAGUAUUCAACACCUAUCAAAGACAUCCAUAGGCAACGGGGUGAUUGGGGGAAACUUAAAGUUCCUACCAAAGUUAACUGAUAUCAACAAACAUCUCCAUCUCCAUUUCCAUCUCCGUCUCCAUCUCCAUCCACAACUUGCAAACCUUCCUUCAUAUCCAUACCGGUGCUGUCAAAUACAUGCUACCAUACUACCAUCAUACAUACACUCAACUCUCCAAUCAGAUCACCAUACAUAUCUCGAAACACCAUACGACAAGAACUCUUGGGGAAUUGAUACACACAAGAAACAUAAAGAUCAAGAUCAAGACACAAGAAAAAACACGUCUUUUCAUGCAUAAGCCAAUUCAAAACAUAAGAGCUUUCAGAUCCUAAGCUUUGUAUUUAUCUAUCUCUUACAUACCGGUACCUACUUCCACCCCUUCUUCGCCUUGCCAAGAUUACUUUUUUCCAACAGCAACAUCGGGCGUCAACAAACAAAUCCCUGCCCAUGCCCGGAUAGUAAAACCCCACCUACUCCAUCUCCACCUCGACCAUCACAAACCUUACCAUAUCAAAAAUCGGGCAAACGUUGUAACUCUUCGCCCAGCAUUCAUUAUUCCUAUCUACGCAAAGUUGUUUUGAAGGACGGCAGAGGACCAAGCCGUAAUCAUGAAUAGCAACGAUGAGGAGGCUCUUAGCUCCGUCUACAAAAAGAUCCAGCGCGAACGUGCUCUCCUCAAUGCCGCGAAUCAAAUGAGGCAGCAGACUCAGAAUGAGCAAGUUAGAGCUAGGAUAGAUAUACAAAUGCGCGAUGGUCGUCGAAAUAUUUCAUACCUAGAGGAGCGCAUGAAAGAAUUACAGCUACGAACAGAAGGUCGAACGGGUAGUGCGGGGAGUAGUGCUGGUCGCCCGCCCAGUAGCGGUCUGCGUGAUGAUAGAGCCGCUCCGCCGCCAACCCCGCCGCCCAAGGAUGCCAGAGGAAAUCCCAUCGAGACGGGGGAUCAAGCCGGAUAUGGUGAUCAGGAAUACAGUCAGAUUGGUGGUCAUGGUGAUAUGAUGCCACCGAGAAAUCCUUUUGCGCCUCCUGCACCAGGUUCUGGCAUGCCUAGAUCACGUCCUAAUUAUACCAAGCUUGACCUCAUCAAGUAUGAUACCCCUUAUCUAGGACCCCGCAUUCAACUCAUGCUUUCACAAUUGGAGUUUAAGCUUAACGUCGAGAAACAAUAUUUGAAGGGUAUCGAGAAGAUGGUUCAAUUAUAUCAAAUGGAGGGCGAUAGGAAGAGUAAAGCGGAUGCUGCUGCUCGCCGAGUUGAAAGUAAUCAAAAGAUUCAAAUCCUCAAGCAGGCUUUGAAAGGUUACGAAGAUUUACAUAUAGAUAUGGAGAGCUCAGCGGAUGCUCCAGAUGAUGAUAGUAUCAAUACCCCUAAUAUGCGAAAGCCUUUGACAGGUCAACUUGUUCUCCGCAUUCAAGCAGUUAAAGACGUUGAUCAUGCAACAACCAGUAGAUUUACAAGAGGUCCGGAAACUUCUAUCGCCGUGAAGGUAGAAGAUAAUGUUGUUGCACGAACGAAAAACACCCGAACUGAUAAAUGGGAGAAUGAAAUUCAUAACAUUUAUGUGGACAAGGCAAACGAAAUCGAACUUACGGUUUACGACAAAGCUGGCGAUCAAGCAUUACCUAUUGGUUUAUUGUGGGUCCGAAUAUCUGACAUUGUCGAAGAAAUGAGAAGGAAGAGAAUCGAGGCCGAGAUCAACAACUCCGGGUGGGUUUCUGCGGACCGCAUGGCUAGUGGUGGCGCCCCACCAGCACAAUUUCCAAUGACUGGCACAAGUCAAUUUGGACCGCCGCCAGGUAGCGCGGGAACUGGAGCACAACCAGCGGGAACAAACGAGUUUGGAGGGCCGGGAAAUACAGUGGUAGCACCACAACCGAUCGAUGCGUGGUUUGCCCUCGAACCUAGUGGUGCCGUAAAUCUCAAUAUCUCGUUCACGAAACAAACUAAAGAUCGGAGACCAUUUGACCUUGCCCUUGGUCGAAAAGGUGCCAUUCGUCAAAGAAAGGAAGAAGUCCACGAGAUGUAUGGACACAAGUUCAUCUCGCAACAAUUUUACAACAUCAUGCGAUGUGCACUCUGUGGAGACUUCCUUACAUAUACUGCUGGUAUGCAAUGUGAGGACUGCAAAUAUACUUGUCAUACGAAGUGUUUCUCACAAGUCGUUACGAAAUGUAUCAGCAAAUCCAAUGCGGAAACCGAUCCAGACGAGGAAAAGAUCAAUCAUCGUAUUCCACAUCGUUUUGAGAAGUUCAACAAUAUGAGCGCCAACUGGUGUUGUCAUUGUGGAUAUGUUUUGCCCUUCGGAAAGAAGAAUUGUCGCAAGUGCACAGAAUGUGCCCUUACAUGCCAUGCACACUGUGUACAUCUUGUUCCAGAUUUCUGUGGUAUGUCCAUGGCUGUCGCAAACGCCAUUCUUGAAGGUAUUAGAGGCCAAAAACGACGACUGACGACACCUGUUCCCAUGAGCGAGAAAACAUUGCGAGAGAAAAAGCCAGAAACGGAAGGAACACCGACUGAUCGUAACUCUUAUGGAUCACCUGAAUCACAACGACCUCCUAGAGCAAAAUCUUAUGGGGCACCCAGCUCCAGCGACGCUACUCAAGCCGCACAGGCAAUGUACACACCAAGUUCACCACAACAACAACGACCAGCAGGACCUGAUCGAACAUCCACAUCAUCAAGUGCUACAGCUGCCGCUGCUGCAGCAACUGCUGCAAUGGGGGGUAGGCAACCGAUACCUCCAAGAGACCAAUAUUCCCGAGCUUCCACCGAUUAUACCCAACAAGUCGGAGCUCAACGAGGCGCGGCUGGCAAUGCACAAACACCCGAUAAGCAUUCUGAGACCAGUCCAUAUGGUGCAAAUCCCUCGGCGCAAAUGCCUACACAGCCAGCUUAUAACCCUGCCGCAUAUGCAAAUGUUGACAGUGGUUAUUCUCAGCCAAUGCCCCAACUACAACAUUCGCCACUCCCACCUCCUCCUCCAUCUGCAACAAUGUUUGCGCCUCCAUCACAAGGACCUCCUCCAGAGAUUCCACUCCCUGCACAGCCUAGUUCACAACAAGUCGUACCUCAAGGGCAACAACGAAAGCAAGUUCCUGCAGCAAACGAACCAGGCACUGGACGUCGUAUUGGUCUUGAUCAUUUCAACUUUCUUGCGGUUCUGGGUAAGGGUAAUUUCGGUAAGGUCAUGCUUGCUGAGACCAAGCAAACUAAGCAACUUUAUGCCAUUAAAGUUUUGAAAAAGGAGUUCAUCAUUGAGAAUGAUGAAGUCGAAAGUACUAGGUCCGAGAAGAGAGUAUUCUUGAUCGCAAACAAGGAACGUCAUCCUUUCUUGUUGACUCUCCAUGCCUGUUUCCAAACAGAAACUAGAGUAUAUUUCGUUAUGGAGUACAUCAGUGGUGGUGAUCUUAUGUUGCACAUUCAACGAGGGCAAUUCGGAACUAAGCGUGCACAAUUUUAUGCCGCUGAGGUCUGCUUGGCUUUGAAAUACUUCCACGAAAAUGGUGUUAUUUAUCGUGAUUUGAAGUUGGACAAUAUUCUAUUGACACUUGAUGGUCACAUCAAAAUUGCCGAUUAUGGUCUCUGUAAGGAAGAGAUGUGGUAUGGUUCGACUACGAGCACUUUCUGUGGUACUCCUGAAUUCAUGGCCCCAGAGAUUUUGCUAGACAAAAAAUACGGUCGAGCAGUCGAUUGGUGGGCAUUUGGUGUUCUCAUUUACCAAAUGCUUCUCCAACAAUCACCCUUCAGGGGAGAGGAUGAAGACGAAAUUUACGAUGCCAUUCUUGCGGAUGAACCUUUAUACCCAAUCCACAUGCCCCGUGAUUCAGUAUCGAUAUUGCAGAAAUUAUUGACACGUGAACCUGAACAAAGACUGGGAAGUGGACCUACUGAUGCACAAGAGAUCAUGAGUCAACCAUUCUUCAGAAGCAUUAAUUGGGAUGAUGUUUACCACAAGAGAAUUGCACCACCUUUCCAACCUUCUAUCACCAAUGCUACCGAUACUAGCAAUUUCGAUUCCGAAUUCACCAGUGUCACACCUGUUUUGACACCAGUGCAGUCUGUUUUGUCUCAAGCUAUGCAAGAAGAGUUCCGCGGUUUCUCUUACUCUGCUGAUUUUGUUUGAGCGGAUCGAAUACCUAAGCCACUGAUUUUCUUGUCGCCAUAGACGCUAUGAAAUUCACAUUUUUAGGAAGGGGCUGGGCUUUCUGUAAACCAAAUCAUGCCAGAUAUAGGACCUACAUUAGGGAAACUAUUGGGACGGGCUUAGCACGUGUUUAGUGAAGGAGAGCGGGGACAAAAGGAGAAGAGUGAGGGGGUUGAGGGAGUAGAGAGGAGUAGAAGGUGAUUGGUUUGGAUGAAUGGAUAAAUAUGGUGGGAGGAUGAAUAAUGGUAUGAAAGAAAGUGAAGGCAUCGAUAAUGAACCAUUGAUAAUGAAUGAAUUAAUGGAUGGAUUGCAUGAUAUAUGACGAUUGAUUGGUUGAUUGGUUGAUUCGAUUGAAAAUCGCUGCUGUAUGUGAGUAUGUGAUGGGGCGAGUGCAUUAGUAUGACGAUGAGAAUGAACAUGAGAGCUGGAGAGAAAAUUAAAAUGGGGGUGGAAUGUGGAAGUGGAAGUGGAAGUGGAAGUGGAAGUGGAAACGGGGGAAAACUUUAGUUACAUAGGCAACGAAAAACAUUACAAUACGGUACAACAGAUAGAUAAUUAUGGAUUCAAUUCAGUUCAAUUCAC